AUUUGCGAGGGGACUGCUUUCUUGAGCCUGAUCUCCCCUUCAUUUAAGCAAAGCCUAUGUACCCGGAGCUCUCCGCAUCAUUCUGCACUCUCUAUGAUUGCUUUUUAUCGUCCAUCUAGGGUGUGGGGCUUGAUUAUUUCCGUCAUUUUUGUGAAGAAGUUUGAAUCUCCAUCUUCGCAUUCUUCGGUCUUGAUCAGAGUGUUUCGAAUUAUUUCGUUUGUGAGCUGUUAUCUUAGCAAUUCUGCAAGCAAAUCCUCGCGAACAAGGUUAUGUUUUAGAUCACAUUUGAGGGCCGCUGCAAAGAGUCUGGACGUAAAAAUCCUGAUGCUUCUAAACAGAGUAGGAAAGUUAACCUGGACGAGGAAUUAGUGGAUCGGUUGUCAUUCAUAGCCACAGGUUGAACGAUCAUUUUGCUUUUGUUGCUGCUCUUUCUUUUACGAAGCUUGUGAUGUACGUUGUGCAUUCAGAAUGAACCGUUUGUAGCAGACACCGACUAAAUUAAUGAUGUCAGAACACAGUGAGUUCACGAUGGCAGAUGCGGCUCAUCGAAUUGCUAAGACGAGCGUUGGUAAUCAAGCACGAGUGGGUGCAAGGUUGCCACCGGAUUCGGCGUUCCCUUCUUUGCCUUACGCUUCCCCUCGCAUUCAAAGCAUGAUUGAGCGCAGGCACGAGUUCGCUUGCCAGAGCGAGUUCGAGAUUGAAGCAUCUAAAGACCAUUGGAGCGAGUUGGAAUCGAAUGUUACUGCAAAUCACGAUGCACACAUGGAUGCCAGAGUAUCCAAUACUGAUGAGAAGCAACAGCCCGGAAGAUUUGGCCGCUUUCGAAAGAAGCUUGGGAGAUGGCUCCAGUGUUUGCAGCUAGGAAGAAUAUUCUCGUGCAACUUGCAGUGUGCAAGCUGUAGAGCUCUUGGAAGUCAUCAGCAUCAAGGGCGUCACCUGCAGUCUUUAGAAUCUAUAGAGCUGGAAGAAGCUUCGGCCUCCGAGAUCGAAGAGACUAACCGAGAAAUCCUUGACAGGAUCAACGAGCAGUGGGGCGGCCAUUUUUCGAAGAAAUGGGGCGAUAACCUAGUGCUGGGUCCCAAAAUUGCAGAGGGAGGGCAGGCAGAGAUCUUUGAAGUGGAAGGCGGCAUAGACGUUCUUCGAAUGGAAUUUGUUGUGAAAUUGUUCAAAAUUGGCUAUUCUCUGCGAUCUUUACAAGCGCAAUGGCCGUAUGGAAUACUUCAGAGCACGCCUGAGGGCCAUCUGGGUCUCAUCAACUCGCCCAUCGUCUUCGCCGGAACGGUAAUGGAGGACGACAGGUUUGCAUUUGUGAUGUACAAAUGCUGGGGUGACCUGCGCAAGCUGAUUGACAUCAAAAUGGAGCAACGCAACAACCAGGGGCCUCCUUUCCAAGACCACCAGGCCUUAUCCAUCAUGUCUCAGAUCGCGCCUGGGAUGAAGCAGCUGCACAGGAAGAAGAUCCUCCACAAAGGCCUCAAAGCAUCCAACGUGCUCAUCAAGUUGGAUGCGAGGAAGCGGCAUCUUCCCGAUCCAAGUCAUGCUUCGAAGUUUUCUUGUUUAGUAGCGGAUUAUGAAUGCUCCGUUGGCGUCACGGGGACAGGCUUCUGGAGAGCGCCGGAGGUUUUGGUUGCUGUAAGAGAUUGUAACCACGAUCCAAGCGCUUUCACAGAGAAGGUAGACGUAUAA